AUGGAUGAUGAACGGCUGAUUGAACAAGAGGCAAAGGAUCAUGGAGAUAUUCUGCAGGCGAAUUUUGUUGACAGCUACGAUAAUCUCACAAUUAAGAGCAUUGCCGCAAUGAGGUACGUCGCUGGUGUUUGUUCCGAAGUGAAAGCUAUCUUCAAAGUGGAUGACGACGUUGCCUGGAACGUUCUGGAAACAUCGCUAUUGGUCAAUUAUGCAGCAGCAAAUAACAGCAUUCAUUGCCCCCUGUACGUUUCAAGAAGGGAGUUUCCUGGCGAUCUUUAUCCACCGUAUUGCUGUGGAUUCGCCUACCUUAUACCGCUUCAAGCACUGCAUACCAUUUUAAAUGCUACGAAAACUGAACGACUGCUUCACAUAGAAGAUGUGUUCAUCACCGGACACCUGGCGAAGAAAACCGGCGUGAAACAAGUGAGUGUCAUGGAUCGAGCCUCAUUUUAUCGUCUUGAUUAUCCGUGGUUCCCCGAAGCUAUAUUCACCUUGGUCCCUGAUACAGAAGCCAUAGACUUUUUCUUAAUUACAAAUAGAAAAUGGUUUUUGCAACGUUUCUCACCAGGACCCAUCAAUUCAUGA